CAACCUCAGUUUUCUUUGCAUCCACAAAAUGAGACAAAGAUAGAGGGGGAUAACGUUACUUUCACUUGUGAUGCAACAGGAAAUUCUGCACCCACGUUCAAUUGGACCAAAGACGGUUCUGUUUUAACGACGGGUUCAAGAAUCAGUUUGUCAUCGGACGGCAAACAACUCAAUAUAACGAAUCUGACUAGAGAAGACAGUGGGCGAUAUGUCUGUGAGGCAACUGACAAUGUGACGACAGUUCUGUCCAAUUCUGCUACACUAAAUGUACAAUGUAAGAUUACUUAUUAUAAUUAUUACCUAGUUAUUACUAACUGAAUACUGUUUUAAAACCUAUUGCGUCCUUUUUAAUAUGCAAUUUUAAUAAAAUAUAUGAUUUAUAUUUUUUACAUUUCAAUGUUGUUUAAAAUUCUGGUACCUUAGUGUGGUUACCUAUGUUUUUACAUAUAUAUUCUAGAAAGGAAGCAAACAACACAACACGAGGUCUUAUUAAAAGAUGAAUAAUUCCCUAAACCAGAAAGUUUCCUUCUCUAUCAAACCUUAAAAUUGGCCCGUUAGCCCUUUUACCUCCAUUCGUUGAAUGCAAUGACAGAUUUCUCAAAUCUUUUAUUUGCUUUAAAUGAUCAACUGUCCUCACCUUUUAAUAAGUAGUCUUGUACUUUUCCCCUUUCAGAUGCACCUGGGUUCACCAAACAUCCUGACAAUAUCGUGAAAAUAGAGGGAGAGACCGCUAUCUUUAACUGCACUGUAGAUGGAAACCCUGAACCCAGCAUUGACUGGACAAAAGAUAACGUGACUCUUAACAUCACAGCGGAUCCAGAUCUAAGCCAAUCAAACUCAGGAGAAGUUCACUCUUUAGAAAUACGGAAUGUUUAUCGGUCAGAUAAAGGGCAAUACAGAUGUGUGGCAAACAAUAACAGUAUCGGUUCUGCAACUUCGUUGGCCGGAACACUCUCAGUGCAUUGUAAGUACCACUUUGUAUUUGAAGCUGUUCACAUAAUAGGUGACUUGCAUUGCAUUGCUGCGUCGACAAUUAUGUCAAUCAAACCAGGCCGGAUCGGAAAAAGGCUGAUUCUCUAUUAGUUUAUUCGAAUUUUGCUCAUGAGGGUUCGGUUUCACAGCUACUGAGGUUAUACAUUAUAUAUAAAUGCUACUGUGCGCAGUACUAAUCAGCUAUCCGGGACAAGCAUAGGAGCUCCUUCUCCUUUCGCGUGUUUCUUUUCCCUUCCGUAUUAUUAAUAAAACGUUUGCUUUACUACUCUUCUGUAUCUUUGUUUAUCACAGAUAAACCUGAGUUUUCUGUGCAUCCACAAAAUGCGACAAAAAUAGAAGAGGAUAACGUUACCUUCACUUGUAAUGCAACUGGAAAUCCUGCACCUACAUUCCGAUGGACCAAAAUCGGUUCUGUUUUAAGGACCGGUUCAAGAAUCAGUUUGUCAUCAGACGGCAAACAGCUCACUAUAACGAAUGUGACCAGAGAAGACAGUGGGCAAUAUGUUUGUGAGGCAACUAACAAUGUGACGACAGUUCCGUCCGAUUCUGCUACACUAAAUGUACAAUGUAAGAUUACUUGUUUUAAUUACUCCCUAAUUGUUGCUAAGAACACUCUUAAACCUGUUGUGUCCUUUUUAAUAAGCAAUUUUAAUAAAAUGUAUGAUUUAUAUUUUUUACAUUUCAAUGUUGUUUAACAUUCUGGUACCUUAGUGUGGUUACCUAUGUUUUUACAUAUAUAUUUGAGCUAUUUUGAAAAAAUAGCUCAUAUGUCAGUGGUGUGAGCGUAUGUAUCUUUGUGGCUUUGUAUCUUUGUGGCUUUGCAUGUUGGGAUGUUUGUUGCAAGAGCCAAUAAGGUUGAAGGUACUAUGAGUUGAUGUUUAGGAACCAAUGAGAUCUUGGCAUCUAUUUAAACAUGGCACUGAUAAAGGUCGAACAAGGGCACUUUGAGACCGCCAUCUUGAUCCUUCACAAUUUUUUCGUCUUUUAUUACGGGUACAGGUUUUUGGAAGCAUUACAUAAAAUAUCUUCAUGAUUCAAACCCUGUGAACAGUGAUGCAGCUGUUUAAGGGUUCAUAUUUAAGUGUGGAUGCUGCUUCGAGGCAUUUCUGACCUAAUUCGGCUAUCAGUACAACGCACGUCAGUAUGAGUUCUGUUUCACGUGCUACAACUGGGUAGAGUAUAAAAGAUCAUAUAUUUUCAAAUCUCUUCCAAUGAAGCAAUGAUUGAUAUUUAGAUAUAGACUUUAAUUCGAAAGUAUGCGCCCUAUAAAAUGUGGUUUUAGAAGUUUAAAAGGCAGCUUAUUUUUUUGAAAGCUGUAUCGAGUAUUGUUAAUCCUGUAAACGAGCUUUAAAAAUAUUAUUCUCUCGCUUACAAAGUUCAACCUACCUUUUUCGUUCUAUUUAGUAAAGAUGCGUAACUUAAGUAGAAACAGUAGCGUUAGGGAAUAAAAUUGAAAGAAGCUAGUUGACACAAUAAUUAGAUACUGUUAUAUUGAGUGGAGUAACAUGAUUUAAGUAGAAAUAUAUUUCGGCAGUUUGAUAAUUUUCUUGAAAGUUAAUAAAUGUUAGGCUAUCAACCUUGACGUUGCAGGAGACAUAAUUUAAUUGCAGAUGUUGUAAUAAAGCCGAGGUGAUUUCUUAAAAUCGUUUGAGAAAAUUUUGUAGUAAAACAAUUUGCCUCUUUUUUACGUACGAGUUGUGAAAGGGCCAUUGACCAACAUCUUCACAUGCAAAUUGUGUACAUGAGUUAUUUUUAUAAUUCUGUUUAUUAGAUUAUUGUGUGAUAACUCGAAUUCCCUCACGUACGAACCACGAAAGGGGGCAAAGUCCAACACUUUCACGUGCCAGCUGUGUGACUGUACAUCUCAUGCAGAUUGGCUUUUCACAAUGACAAUAGUAACUUGGACGUAUGAAGACCUGUUUCGUUUAGUAACCAAUGCCUUAAAAAGGCUCUUGUCUUUUAAGAAGCAAUGGCUUUCAAAACAUGACGAAAUAAGUUGUCGGAGUUAAAGACUGUUUCACAAAUGUUAAUAAAUGUUAGGUUAUCAACCUUGACGUUGCAUGAAACAUAAUUUAAUUGCAGAUGUUAUAAUGAAGCCGAGGUGAUUUCUUAAAAUCGUUUGAGAAAAUUUUGUAGUAAACAAUUUGCCUUUUUUUUACGUACGAAUUGGAAAAGGGCGAAAGACAACAUCUUCGGGUGCAAAUUGUGUGCGUGAGUUAUUUUUAUAAUUCUGUUUACUAGUUUACUGUGUGAUACCUCGAAUUCCCUCACGUACGAACGACGAAAGGGGGCAAAGUCCAACACUUUCACGUGCCAGCUGUGUGACUGUACAUCUCAUGCCGAUUGGCUUUUCACAAUGAUAACUAGUAACUUGGACGUAUGAAGACCUGUUUCGUUUUGUAACCAAUGCCUUAAAAAAGGUUCUUGUCUUUUCAGAAGCAAUACCGUUUAAAACAUGAGAAAUAAGUUGUCGGAGUUAAAAAUAAGUUGUCGGAGUUUGUUUCACUGAGUAGGAUCGCACGUGAAGACCUCGUGAAUUAUGAUGAUGCAACCAUCUACCACAACGAUAAAAAUCCUGGUAUUUCGUAACUAUUCAGUAUUCGAUGAGUCACAUUUUGGCUUAAGAAACUCGGAGGAAACCUUAGAGUUUUCCUUCUAAUCAACGUUUGGUGAAUAGAAAUUUAUUUCACUUUAAUGAUUUGUUUAACUUGCACCAGAUGUAACAGGGAAAGACAGAGGAAAGUGAAUAUAUAGCUUGAGGAUCGACUCAGCUAAGCGUUUCGCGUUUUCAUUUAUGUACCGCAAUACGCAAUUUCGCGCAAAAACCCAAUCUGCAUUUAGGAUGAAAGAGGUAGAUUCAUCACUCUUGGUAAGGUUACACCGAAGCAUUAAAGUUACACUGAAGCAUUCAAAAUAGCUCAUGCGCGUUUAACGUGCCUAUGAUCUAGAAAGGAAGCAAACAACGCAACACGAGGUCUUAUUAAAAGAUGAAUAAUUCCCUAAACCAAAAAGUUUCCUUGUCUAUCAAACCUUAAAAUUGGCCCGUUAGCCCUUUUACCUCCAUUCGUUGAAUGCAAUGACAGAUUUCUCAAAUCUUUUAUUUGCUUCAAAUGAUCAACUGUCCUCACCUUUUAAUACCCCUAAAGCCUGAAAAAGAGCCCCUUUCUUUCCCUCCCGCGCGCCGGUUACACAGGUUGCUUAGCGACAAAUAAAUAAUUGUCUUGCGGUGCUAUCAAGUGUUUUAAAACUUUCUAACUCCUCAGAGUAUGGAUGCUUUUACUCAUUACAGUGAUAUCCUAAGGGCUCAAGUAAUCUGCGCCAUGAGGCGAACUAAAGUCAUUAUAAGACUAUUAAAGAUUCAUUUAGCGUUUGGUAUUUUCCCUUAUUUCCUACUUUAAUCGCAUUGCUCCUAAUUACAAAUCAGCCUGAGGUCCUUACGCAUCCACGAAAUGAGACAAAGACUGUAGUUUAUGUCCGGGAAAAUAAUGUCUACAAAGUUUGCGCCAUUGACUAAAUUCAUAUUCACAGGCUUCCUAUUUAUCAAAAAGGUAGUUCUGAACAUUCUACUUAGAAAUCUCGUCCUGAGUAGUAGUCUUGUACUUUUCCCCUUUCAGAUGCACCUGGGUUCACCAAACAUCCUGACAAUAUCGUGAAAAUAGAGGGAGAGACCGCUAUCUUUAACUGCACUGUAGAUGGAAACCCUGAACCCAGCAUUGACUGGACAAAAGAUAACGUGACUCUUAACAUCACAGCGGAUCCAGAUCUAAGCCAAUCAAACUCAGGAAAAGUUCACUCUUUAGAAAUACGGAAUGUUUAUCGGUCAGAUAAAGGGCAAUACAGAUGUGUGGCAAACAAUAACAGUAUCGGUUCUGCAACUUCGUUGGCCGGAACACUCUCAGUGCAUUGUAAGUACCACUUUGUAUUUGAAGCUGUUCACAUAAUAGGUGCAUUGCAUUGCUGCUUCGACAAUUAUGUCAAUCAAACCAGGCCGGAUCGGAAAAAGGCUGAUUCUCUAUUAGUUUAUUCGAAUUUUGCUUAUGAGGGUUCGGUUUCACAGCUACUGAGGUUAUACAUUAUAUAUAAAUGCUAUUGUGCAAGGCUCUAACCAGCUAUCAGGGACAAGCAUGUGAGCUCCUUCUCCUUUCGCGUGUUUCCUCUCCCUUCCGUAGUAUUAAUAAAACGUUUACUUCUCUACUGUUCUGUAUAUAUCUUUGUUUAUCACAGAUAAACCUGAGUUUUCUGUGCAUCCACAAAAUGCGACACAGAUAGAAGGGUCUAACGUUUCUUUCACUUGUAAUGCAACUGGAAAUCCUGCACCUUCAUUCCGAUGGACCAAAAACGGUUCUGUUUUAACGACCGGUUCAAGAAUCGGUUUGUCAUCAGACGGCAAACAGCUCACUUUAACGAAUGUGACUAGAGAAGACAGUGGGCAAUAUGUCUGUGAGGCAACUAACAAUGUGAGGACAGUUCCAUCCGAUUCUGCUACACUAAAUGUACAAUGUAAGAUUACUUAUAAUUAUUACCUACUUAUUGAUAAAAAUACUCUCUAACCUGUUGUGUCCUUUUUAAUAUACAAUUUUAAUAAAAUGUAUGAUUUUUGUUUUUUUGCAUUUCAUUGUUGUUUAAAAUUCUGGUACCUUAGUGUGGUUACCUAUGUUUUUUACAUAUAUAGUCUAGAAAAGAAGCAAACAAAAGCAACACAAGGUCUUAUUCAAAGAUGAAUAAUUCCCUAAACCAGAAAGUUUCCUUGUCUAUCAAACCUUAAAAUUGGCCUUUUUAGCCCAUUUAGCUCCUUUCGUAGAACGCAAUGCAAUAUUUCCCAAAUCUUUCAUUUGCUUUAGUUGAUGAAAUCCUCACCUUUCAUUUACCAAAAGCCUGAAAAAGGGGCCCCUUUCUUUCCCCCCCGCGCUCCGGUUACACAGGUUGUUCAGCGACAAAUAAUUAAUUUUCAUGCUCUGCUAUAAAGUGUUUUAAAACUUACUACCUCUUCAGAGUAUGAAUGCUUUUACUCAAUACAGUGGUAUCGUAAGAGCUCAAGUAAUCUGCGUAAUGAGGCGAACAAAAGUCAUUAUAAGACUAUUUAAGACUCAUUUAGUGUUUGCUAUUUUCUCUUAUUUUCUGCUUCAAUCGCAUUGCCUUCUAAUUACAGAUCAGCCUGAGUUUAAUACGCAUCCACAAAAUAAGACAAAGACAGAAGGGGAGAAUGUGACUUUUACCUGUGAUGCAGAUGGAAAUCCUGCACCCACAUUCUCAUGGACGAAAGACGGUUCUGUUGUGAAUACGACUUCAAGAAUCACUUUUAACGAAAAUAAUAAGACGUUGACCAUAACGAAUGUGAUCAGAGGAGACAGCGGAGAAUACAUCUGUGUGGCUACGAACAAUGUUGACACAGUUCAAUCCAACCCUUCCACAUUAAAUGUACAAUGUAAGGAUACUUUUGCUUGAUUUUUCAACAUGAUUGUUUUAAGAGAUAUUCUUUACCUCUGCUUUUGUUUUUCAUUUUUUCUCAGGUGUUUUUUUUUUUCUUUCGCUUUUUUAGAAUAACUGUAACUAAUGCAAUCAUUUAAUACAUUUUAAGAUUUACUGUAUCUCUGUCAUUGAUUUUUGCAGCUAUAAUUCUUUAAAAAUUUUGUUAAUAUAAUUUAAUAAUUUUACUGAGGGAGCCCAUUCCUUAUCAGCCAAGUGGCUUCCCUUGGGCUUCCUCGCCAUUAGGUUUUUAAACAGUUAGAUUUUCUCGUUUCUUGGUACAUGUUUUACGGCAAAACGAUAAACUGAACUUAACUGAACUGAUUACUAGGAUCAGAACGCAGACUGGAGAAGAAAAGAGCAAACAGCCAGCAGCAAGGAGAGAGGCGUUUCAUUCAAAACCGUUGUAGUUUUUAAACCAAGCAGGAGCAAACCCGCAGCGCAGCAUUACAACAUUGUUGCGACAUUGUUUCGAAUAGUUGCAACAGUGUGCCAACAUUGCUAUGCUGUGAUGCGCUCAAACUCGUCGUUGGGAUUUUACUAACAGGAUUUUAUUUACAUAUUAGAAAAGAAUAAAAUGCGUCCGGUAAAAGCAUGGAACAGUUUUAUAAUUUAUCCGGUAUAAAAGUGUCUACAAAGUUUGCGCCAUUAGAGACCUUUAGCAUCAGGUUUUUCAUGGGAAACCGCAAACCGCAGUUUGCACUUACGCAGUUUCGCGUUGCUGCGAGAUUUCAAAUUUUAGCAAGGCGUUCAGUUCAGUUCAGUUCAGUUCAUUUUUAUUUAGCCAAAAUAUAAUACAAUACAAGAAUAUAUAAAGGAAUUGUAAGGUUGCAAGGGAGCCCAGAAGAAACCAGAAGGCUUAUGAAGCCUGGGCUCCCCAAUCACAAAGAAAUAUAAAGUAAAAAAAAAAUGAAAUUCGCCGAGUGAUACGUUAAAAUGGGAACUAAACAAAGACUGUGUUAAGUUAUGAAUUCAGUAACAAAAUAGAAAAAGAAUUUUAACUCUGGAUUGGAACAGAAAACUUUCUUAUGUUAUUAAGGCAGAAAGGAUUAUAAAAUCGAUUUGAACUACGCGUUUAUUGCUUAGUGCCGCCAUGUUGUUUUUGAUCAAGUCGAAGUUUAUUACUGUAAUCGCCAUAAAAAAGGAGUAGUGCAUUGAUUCGAGAUCAAAAAUCCAACAAACACAUUGCAAACGGAUAUAAAAAGCUAGUUCGUGCUUUAAACGCGAGGCUGUACAAUUUUUAGUGGCAAAAAUCCUUGCCGUAAAUCACUUACAGCUGCUUACUGCUGGAAGCCCUUCCUGUGGUUCAAAAGCGAACUGCAAACUGCAAACAUGACCGCAAGGCCGUGGUCUCGUGACAUUUUGUGGUUUGCGGUUUUCCAUGAAAAACCUGAUGCUAAAGGUCUCUAUUAACUAAACUCACAUCCACAGGCUUUCUUUUUAUCAAAAAGUAGUUCUGAACAUUUCAAUUAGAUAGAAAUCUCGUCCUGAGUAGUAGUCUUGUACUUUUCCCCUUUCAGAUGCACCUGGGUUCACCAAACAUCCUGACAAUAUCGUGAAAAUAGAGGGAGAGACCGCUAUCUUUAACUGCACUGUAGAUGGAAACCCUGAACCCAGCAUUGACUGGACAAAAGAUAACGUGACUCUUAACAUCGCAGCGGAUCCGGAUCUAAGCCAAUCGAACUCAGGAAAAGUUCACUUUUUAGAAAUACAGAAUGUUCAUCGGUCGGAUAAAGGGCAAUACAGAUGUGUGGCAAACAAUAACAGUAUCGGUUCUGCAACUUCGUUGGCCGGAACACUCUCGGUGCAUUGUAAGUACCACCUUGUAUUUGAAGCUGUUCACAUAAUAGGUGACUUCCUCCAAGAAACGCCUAGACACCAGGCACUCAUUCAAAGGAGGCGCUUUAUCGAGUUGGCCGCUACAAGGUAGCUUCCAAGAAAGAAGAAAAAGUUUAUGUCUAUCAUCUGAACAAUGCACAGCUUUUAGUACUUCACAAAAACAUAGGGACAGUGACAGCCAUAGGCUAAACUGUUUCCCUUCAUUGAUUCCAUUGUAGUCGCAAACAAUUAUAAAGUGAGAACAAAACAUCAUUUUCUUAGUGAUAGUCUUACUAUUUUUGGAAGUGAGGGGGAUGGAUGGGGGGGCAGUGGGGACGCUUACUCUGGUUGGGUUGCCUGUUUCAGCUGGUUUGAUCGAGGGUGGCCCCUCAUUCAGGGGAGGGCGCUUAUUGGAUUGUGGACUCUUGUUUGAGUGAAUAUACUAGCUAAAGAAAAUAGAGUUUGUGUGCACUAGAAGGUCGCUUGGAUGGCUUGUUUGUAAAACUGUUGCAACAAUGUCGAAUAUGCAUAGCCCUGGGAAAGAUUUAGAGUGGUUAGCUCUAUAAUGCAAUUUUCCCUCUUUUCCCCAGUUCAUUUCUUUCUUUGUGAUCAGUAUAUGAUCAUGCAUUGCUACCACGAUAGAAGAACUGAGAUUUGAUGAUGAUAACUAUUGUAGGCUUAAAUUGAUUUACGAAAUAGUUGCACUUGAGACACAGGCCCAUAUCGUGGCCGAGGCAGAAAAAUCGUGGAAUAUUUUUCGUCACGUUCUCGGAAGGUAUUCACGUACGUUUGAGCUACCGGUUACGGUGUUCUAGUAUCCACAUUCUUGAUGGAGCUUGAGUAUCAUUUCGUAACACUUCCCUUGCCGCCUACAAGAAAAUUGUUCAAUUCUUUCCUUUAGCUGUAAGUCUGUUAAAACUUCUAGCUAGCUACAAGCCCAACACUUCUGUGUUAUGAAGGAAACAAAGUAUUAACGCUGCGGGCCUCACAAUAAGUGUUAAAAGAGUACUAUUGUUAAGUAAUUGCUGUUCCCUUUUCUCAAGAAGGUUAGUGGAGCUCAGCUAACUCUGUGUUUGAUAUGCUGAGGUAAUGAAUUAUUCUGAUAAGUGUGUUGCGUUUUUGCCGGGACUUGUUGAAUUCCAGUUUGAACAUUCAAGUUUUUGUUAAAAGCACUUUUAAUAUAAGUGCAUUCUGGUAGAACUUCGGGACUUUGCAUGUUCCACUAUAGAAAGAAGAAAUUCUGCAGUCACCCACUGCCCACUGAUUUUAUCUUUUUCAUUUGUGUGAUCUUGCAGUCAUUUAAUUGUUCACAACCGCACUUGGUUAAAAGGUGAAACUAACUUCUUGUUAUGCGGGCCGCUUCUGGCGGCCUUGUUCAAAUUCCACUGAUAUAUCAAACUAGAUAUUGUGCUAGGAAGCCGCAUCACGCUUCAUAUAUUUAACAAAUAGAUUCCAAGUUGCCGUGCGUAUGUUCAGUAGUAGAUCCGGCAUCCCAGAUGACGUCAAAAUGUGGUACACGAGCCGCAGGCCAGUGUGUCACUGAUGUUUUUUUGAUAUUUUUCUCCUGACGUCAUCCAUGUAUCUGUACUCUAAUAGAUCAUGGGCAACGACCAAUCACAGCGCGCGUAGCAUUCCCAUGUAAUAGCUCAUUUUUUGUAUUCAAGAAAUUCAUGAUGCAGCUUAAAUUUCUUUAGCUGACAAGCGCGAGCAAUCAUUAAGGCGCUACCACUCACUGAAAAAGAAAAAGGAAAGAUUUUUUGUUAGUUUAUUCGAAUUUCGCUCAUGAGGGAUCGAUUUCAUCGCUACUGAGGUUAUACACUAUAUAUAACUGCUACUUUGUACAAUACACUAACCAGCUAUAAGGGACGAGUAUAGGAGCUCCCUCUCCUAUCAAUAAAACGCUUACUUGACCUCUGUUCUUUAUAUUUCUUUAUCACAGGUCAACCUCAGUUUUCUUUGCAUCCACAAAAUGAGACAAAGAUAGAGGGGAUAACGUUACUUUCACUUGUGAUGCAACAGGAAAUUCUGCACCCACGUUCAAUUGGACCAAAGACGGUUCUGUUUUAACGACGGGUUCAAGAAUCAGUUUGUCAUCGGACGGCAAACAACUCAAUAUAACGAAUCUGACUAGAGAAGACAGUGGGCGAUAUGUCUGUGAGGCAACUGACAAUGUGACGACAGUUCUGUCCAAUUCUGCUACACUAAAUGUACAAUGUAAGAUUACUUAUUAUAAUUAUUACCUAGUUAUUACUAACUGAAUACUGUUUUAAAACCUAUUGCGUCCUUUUUAAUAUGCAAUUUUAAUAAAAUAUAUGAUUUAUAUUUUUUACAUUUCAAUGUUGUUUAAAAUUCUGGUACCUUAGUGUGGUUACCUAUGUUUUUACAUAUAUAUUCUAGAAAGGAAGCAAACAACACAACACGAGGUCUUAUUAAAAGAUGAAUAAUUCCCUAAACCAGAAAGUUUCCUUCUCUAUCAAACCUUAAAAUUGGCCCGUUAGCCCUUUUACUUUUACCUCCAUUCGUUGAAUGCAAUGACAGAUUUCUCAAAUCUUUUAUUUGCUUUAAAUGAUCAACUAUCCUCACCUUUUAAUAAGUAGUCUUGUACUUUUCCCCUUUCAGAUGCACCUGGGUUCACCAAACAUCCUGACAAUAUCGUGAAAAUAGAGGGAGAGACCGCUAUCUUUAACUGCACUGUAGAUGGAAACCCUGAACCCAGCAUUGACUGGACAAAAGAUAACGUGACUCUUAACAUCACAGCGGAUCCAGAUCUAAGCCAAUCAAACUCAGGAAAAGUUCACUCUUUAGAAAUACGGAAUGUUUAUCGGUCAGAUAAAGGGCAAUACAGAUGUGUGGCAAACAAUAACAGUAUCGGUUCUGCAACUUCGUUGGCCGGAACACUCUCAGUGCAUUGUAAGUACCACUUUGUAUUUGAAGCUGUUCACAUAAUAGGUGACUUGCAUUGCAUUGCUGCGUCGACAAUUAUGUCAAUCAAACCAGGCCGGAUCGGAAAAAGGCUGAUUCUCUAUUAGUUUAUUCGAAUUUUGCUUAUGAGGGUUCGGUUUCACAGCUACUGAGGUUAUACAUUAUAUAUAAAUGCUACUGUGCAAGGCUCUAACCAGCUAUCAGGGACAAGUAUGUGAGCUCCUUCUCCUUUCGCGUGUUUCCUCUCCCUUCCGUAGUAUUAAUAAAACGUUUACUUCUCUACUGUUCUGUAUAUAUCUUUGUUUAUCACAGAUAAACCUGAGUUUUCUGUGCAUCCACAAAAUGCGACACAGAUAGAAGGGUCUAACGUUUCUUUCACUUGUAAUGCAACUGGAAAUCCUGCACCUUCAUUCCGAUGGACCAAAAACGGUUCUGUUUUAACGACCGGUUCAAGAAUCGGUUUGUCAUCAGACGGCAAACAGCUCACUUUAACGAAUGUGACUAGAGAAGACAGUGGGCAAUAUGUCUGUGAGGCAACUAACAAUGUGAGGACAGUUCCAUCCGAUUCUGCUACACUAAAUGUACAAUGUAAGAUUACUUAUAAUUAUUACCUACUUAUUGAUAAAAAUACUCUCUAACCUGUUGUGUCCUUUUUAAUAUACAAUUUUAAUAAACUGUAUGAUUUUUGUUUUUUUGCAUUUCAUUGUUGUUUAAAAUUCUGGUACCUUAGUGUGGUUACCUAUGUUUUUACAUAUAUAGUCUAGAAAAGAAGCAAACAAAGCAACACAAGGUCUUAUUCAAAGAUGAAUAAUUCCCUAAACCAGAAAGUUUCCUUGUCUAUCAAACCUUAAAAUUGGCCUUUUUUAGCCCAUUUAGCUCCUUUCGUAGAACGCAAUGCAAUAUUUCCCAAAUCUUUCAUUUGCUUUAGUUGAUGAAAUCCUCACCUUUCAUUUACCAAAAGCCUGAAAAAAGGGCCCCUUUCUUUUCCCCCGCGCUCCGGUUACACAGGUUGUUCAGCGACAAAUAAUUAAUUUUCAUGCUCUGCUAUAAAGUGUUUUAAAACUUACUACCUCUUCAGAGUAUGAAUGCUUUUACUCAAUACAGUGGUAUCGUAAGAGCUCAAGUAAUCUGCGUAAUGAGGCGAACAAAAGUCAUUAUAAGACUAUUUAAGACUCAUUUAGUGUUUGCUAUUUUCCCUUAUUUUCUGCUUCAAUCGCAUUGCCUUCUAAUUACAGAUCAGCCUGAGUUUAAUACGCAUCCACAAAAUAAGACAAAGACAGAAGGGGAAAAUGUGACUUUUACCUGUAAUGCAGUUGGCAAUCCUGCACCCACAUUCUCAUGGACGAGAGACGGUUCUGUUGUGAAUACGACUUCAAGAAUCACUUUUAACGAAAAUAAUAAGACGUUGACCAUAACGAAUGUGAUCAGAGGAGACAGCGGAGAAUACAUCUGUGUGGCUACGAACAAUGUUAACAGAGUUGAAUCCAACCCUUCCACAUUAAAUGUACAAUGUAAGGAUACCUUUGCUUGAUUAUUCAGCAUGCUUGUUUUAAGAGAUAUUCUUUACCUCUGCUUUUGUUUUUCAUUUUUUUUCUCAGGUGUUUUUUUUUUCUUUCGCUUUUUUUAGAAUAACUGUAACUAAUGCAAUCAUUUAAUACAUUUUAAGAUUUACUGUAUCUCUGUCAUUGAUUUUUGCAGCUAUAAUUCUUUAAAAAUUUUGUUAAUAUAAUUUAAUAAUUUUACUGAGGGAGCCCAUUCCUUAUCAGCCAAGUGGCUUCCCUUGGGCUUCCUCGCCAUUAGGUUUUUAAACAGUUAGAUUUUCUCGUUUCUUGGUACAUGUUUUACGGCAAAACGAUAAACUGAACUUAACUGAACUGAUUACUAGGAUCAGAACGCAGACUGGAGAAGAAAAGAGCAAACAGCCAGCAGCAAGGAGAGAGGCGUUUCAUUCAAAACCGUUGUAGUUUUUAAACCAAGCAGGAGCAAACCCGCAGCGCAGCAUUACAACAUUGUUGCGACAUUGUUUCGAAUAGUUGCAACAGUGUGCCAACAUUGCUAUGCUGUGAUGCGCUCAAACUCGUCGUUGGGAUUUUACUAACAGGAUUUUAUUUACAUAUUAGAAAAGAAUAAAAUGCGUCCGGUAAAAAGCAUGGAACAGUUUUAUAAUUUAUCCGGUAUAAAAGUGUCUACAAAGUUUGCGCCAUUAGAGACCUUUAGCAUCAGGUUUUUCAUGGGAAACCGCAAACCGCAGUUUGCACUUACGCAGUUUCGCGUUGCUGCGAGAUUUCAAAUUUUAGCAAGGCGUUCAGUUCAGUUCAGUUCAGUUCAUUUAUUUAGCCAAAAUAUAAUACACUACAGGAAUAUAUAUAUAUAGGAAUUGUAAGUUGGCAAGGAAGCCCAGAAGAAACCAGAAGGCUUUUGAAGCCUGGGCUCCCUAAUCACAAAAGAAAUAUUAAGUAAAAAAAAAAAAAUGAAAUUCGCCGAGUGAUACGUUAAAAAUAGGAACUAAACAAAGACUGUGUUAAGUUAUGGAUUUAGUAACAAGAUAGAAAAAGAAUUUUAACUCUGGAUUGGAACAGAAAACUUUCUUAUGUUAUUAAGGCAGAAAGGAUUAUAAAAUCGAUUUGAACUACGCGUUUAUUGCUUAGUGCCGCCAUGUUGUUUUUUGAUCAAGUCGAAGUUUAUUACUGUAAUCGCCAUAAAAAGGAGUAGUGCAUUGAUUCCAGAUCAAAAAUCCAACAAACACAUUGCAAACGGAUAUAAAAAGCUAGUUCGUGCUUUAAACGCGAGGCUGUACAAUUUUUAGUGGCAAAAAUCCUUGCCGUAAAUCACUUACAGCUGCUUACUGCUGGAAGCCCUUCCUGUGGUUCAAAAGCGAACUGCAAACUGCAAACAUGACCGCAAGGCCGUGGUCUCGUGACAUUUUGUGGUUUGCGGUUUUCCAUGAAAAACCUGAUGCUAAAGGUCUCUAUUAACUAAACUCACAUCCACAGGCUUUCUUUUUAUCAAAAAGUAGUUCUGAACAUUUCAAUUAGAUAGAAAUCUCGUCCUGAGUAGUAGUCUUGUACUUUUCCCCUUUCAGAUGCACCUGGGUUCACCAAACAUCCUGACAAUAUCGUGAAAAUAGAGGGAGAGACCGCUACCUUUAACUGCACUGUAGAUGGAAACCCUGAACCCAGCAUUGACUGGACAAAAGAUAACGUGACUCUUAACAUCGCAGCGGAUCCGGAUCUAAGCCAAACGAACUCAGGAAAAGUUCACUUUUUAGAAAUACAGAAUGUUCAUCGGUCGGAUAAAGGGCAAUACAGAUGUGUGGCAAACAAUAACAGUAUCGGUUCUGCAACUUCGUUGGCCGGAACACUCUCAGUGCAUUGUAAGUACCACUUUGUAUUUGAAGCUGUUCACAUAAUAGGUGACUUGCUGCAUCGACAAUUAUGUCAAUCAAACCAGGCCGGAUCGGAAAAAGGCUGAUUCUCUAUUAGUUUAUUCGAAUUUUGCUCAUGAGGGUUCGGUUUCACAGCUACUGAGGUUAUACAUUGUAUAUAAAUGCUACCGUGCAAAGUACUUACCAGCUAUCAGGGACAAGCAUGUGAGCUCCUUCUCCUUUCGCGUGUUUCCUCUCCCUUCCGUAGUAUUAAUAAAACGUUUGCUUCACUACUGUUCUGUAUAUAUCUUUGUUUAUCACAGAUAAACCUGAGUUUUCUGUGCAUCCACAAAAUGCGACACAGAUAGAAGGGUCUAACGUUUCUUUCACUUGUAAUGCAACUGGAAAUCCUGCACCUACAUUCCGAUGGACCAAAAACGGUUCUGUUUUAACGACCGGUUCAAGAAUCAGUUUGUCAUCAGACGACAAACAGCUCACUUUAACGAAUGUGACUAGAGAAGACAGUGGGCAAUAUGUCUGUGAGGCAACUAACAAUGUGAGGACAGUUCCGUCCGAUUCUGCUACACUAAAUGUAAAAUGUAAGAUUACUUUUUAUAAUUAUUACCUAAUUACUGCUAAAAAUACUCUCUAACCUGUUGUGUCCUUUUUAAUAUGCAAUUUUAAUAAAAUGCAUGAUUUUUGUUUUUUUGCAUUUCAUUGUUGUUUAAAAUUCUGGUACCUUAGUGUGGUUACCUAUGUUUUUACAUAUAUAGUCUAGAAAGGAAGCAAACAACACAACACGAGGUCUUAUUAAAAGAUGAAUAAUUCCCUAAACCAGAAAGUUUCCUUCUCUAUCAAACCUUAAAAUUGGCCCGUUAGCCCUAUUACCUCCAUUCGUUGAAUGCAAUGACAGAUUUCUCAAAUCUUUUAUUUGCUUUAAAUGAUCAACUGUCCUCACCUUUUAAUAAGUAGUCUUGUACCUUUCCCCUUUCAGAUGCACCUGGGUUCACCAAACAUCCUGACAAUAUCGUGAAAAUAGAGGGAGAGACCGCUAUCUUUAACUGCACUGUAGAUGGAAACCCUGAACCCAGCAUUGACUGGACAAAAGAUAACGUGACUCUAAACAUCACAGCGGAUCCAGAUCUAAGCCAAUCAAACUCAGGAAAAGUUCACUCUUUAGAAAUACGGAAUGUUAAUCGGUCAGAUAAAGGGCAAUACAGAUGUGUGGCAAACAAUAACAGUAUCGGUUCUGCAACUUCGUUGGCCGGAACACUCUCGGUGCAUUGUAAGUACCACCUUGUAUUUGAAGCUGUUCACAUAAUAGGUGACUUCCUCCAAGAAACGCCUAGACACCAGGCACUCAUUCAAAGGAGGCGCUUUAUCGAGUUGGCCGCUACAAGGUAGCUUCCAAGAAAGAAGAAAAAGUUUAUGUCUAUCAUCUGAACAAUGCACAGCUUUUAGUACUUCACAAAAACAUAGGGACAGUGACAGCCAUAGGCUAAACUGUUUCCCUUCAUUGAUUCCAUUGUAGUCGCAAACAAUUAUAAAGUGAGAACAAAACAUCAUUUUCUUAGUGAUAAUCUUACUAUUUUUGGAAGUGAGGGGGAUGGAUGGGGGGGCAGUGGGGACGCUUACUCUGGUUGGGUUGCCUGUUUCAGCUGGUUUGAUCGAGGGUGGCCCCUCAUUCAGGGGAGGGCGCUUAUUGGAUUGUGGACUCUUGUUUGAGUGAAUAUACUAGCUAAAGAAAAUAGAGUUUGUGUGCACUAGAAGGUCAUUUGGAUGGCUUGUUUGUAAAACUGUUGCAACAAUGUCGAAUAUGCAUAGCCCUGGGAAAGAUUUAGAGUGGUUAGCUCUAUAAUGCAAUUUUCCCUCUUUUCCCCAGUUCAUUUCUUUCUUUGUGAUCAGUAUAUGAUCACGCAUUGCUACCACGAUAGAAGAACUGAGAUUUGAUGAUGAUAACUAUUGUAGGCUUAAAUUGAUUUACGAAAUAGUUGCACUUGAGACACAGGCCCAUAUCGUGGCCGAGGCAGAAAAAUCGUGGAAUAUUUUUCGUCACGUUCUCGGAAGGUAUUCACGUACGUUUGAGCUACCGGUUACGGUGUUCUAGUAUCCACAUUCUUGAUGGAGCUUGAGUAUCAUUUCGUAACACUUCCCUUGCCGCCUACAAGAAAAUUGUUCAAUUCUUUCCUUUAGCUGUAAGUCUGUUAAAACUUCUAGCUAGCUACAAGCCCAACACUUCUGUGUUAUGAAGGAAACAAAGUAUUAACGCUGCGGGCCUCACAAUAAGUGUUAAAAGAGUACUAUUGUUAAGUAAUUGCUGUUCCCUUUUCUCAAGAAGGUUAGUGGAGCUCAGCUAACUCUGUGUUUGAUAUGCUGAGGUAAUGAAUUAUUCUGAUAAGUGUGUUGCGUUUUUGCCGGGACUUGUUGAAUUCCAGUUUGAACAUUCAAGUUUUUGUUAAAAGCACUUUUAAUAUAAGUGCAUUCUGGUAGAACUUCGGGACUUUGCAUGUUCCACUAUAGAAAGAAGAAAUUCUGCAGUCACCCACUGCCCACUGAUUUUAUCUUUUUCAUUUGUGUGAUCUUGCAGUCAUUUAAUUGUUCACAACCGCACUUGGUUAAAAGGUGAAACUAACUUCUUGUUAUGCGGGCCGCUUCUGGCGGCCUUGUUCAAAUUCCACUGAUAUAUCAAACUAGAUAUUGUGCUAGGGAGCCGCAUCACGCUUCAUAUAUUUAACAAAUAGAUUCCAAGUUGCCGUGCGUAUGUUCAGUAGUAGAUCCGGCAUCCCAGAUGACGUCAAAAUGUGGUACACGAGCCGCAGGCCAGUGUGUCACUGAUGUUUUUUUGAUAUUUUUCUCCUGACGUCAUCCAUGUAUCUGUACUCUAAUAGAUCAUGGGCAACGACCAAUCACAGCGCGCGUAGCAUUCCCAUGUAAUAGCUCAUUUUUGUAUUCAAGAAAUUCAUGAUGCAGCUUAAAUUUCUUUAGCUGACAAGCGCGAGCAAUCAUUAAGGCGCUACCACUCACUGAAAAAGAAAAAGGAAAGAUUUUUUGUUAGUUUAUUCGAAUUUCGCUCAUGAGGGAUCGAUUUCAUCGCUACUGAGGUUAUACACUAUAUAUAACUGCUACUUUGUACAAUACACUAACCAGCUAUAAGGGACGAGUAUAGGAGCUCCCUCUCCUAUCAAUAAAACGCUUACUUGACCUCUGUUCUUUAUAUUUCUUUAUCACAGGUCAACCUCAGUUUUCUUUGCAUCCACAAAAUGAGACAAAGAUAGAGGGGGAUAACGUUACUUUCACUUGUGAUGCAACAGGAAAUUCUGCACCCACGUUCAAUUGGACCAAAGACGGUUCUGUUUUAACGACGGGUUCAAGAAUCAGUUUGUCAUCGGACGGCAAACAACUCAAUAUAACGAAUCUGACUAGAGAAGACAGUGGGCGAUAUGUCUGUGAGGCAACUGACAAUGUGACGACAGUUCUGUCCAAUUCUGCUACACUAAAUGUACAAUGUAAGAUUACUUAUUAUAAUUAUUACCUAGUUAUUACUAACUGAAUACUGUUAAACCUAUUGCGUCCUUUUUAAUAUGCAAUUUUAAUAAAAUAUAUGAUUUAUAUUUUUUACAUUUCAAUGUUGUUUAAAAUUCUGGUACCUUAGUGUGGUUACCUAUGUUUUUACAUAUAUAUUCUAGAAAGGAAGCAAACAACACAACACGAGGUCUUAUUAAAAGAUGAAUAAUUCCCUAAACCAGAAAGUUUCCUUCUCUAUCAAACCUUAAAAUUGGCCCGUUAGCCCUUUUACUUUUACCUCCAUUCGUUGAAUGCAAUGACAGAUUUCUCAAAUCUUUUAUUUGCUUUAAAUGAUCAACUGUCCUCACCUUUUAAUAAGUAGUCUUGUACUUUUCCCCUUUCAGAUGCACCUGGGUUCACCAAACAUCCUGACAAUAUCGUGAAAAUAGAGGGAGAGACCGCUAUCUUUAACUGCACUGUAGAUGGAAACCCUGAACCCAGCAUUGACUGGACAAAAGAUAACGUGACUCUUAACAUCACAGCGGAUCCAGAUCUAAGCCAAUCAAACUCAGGAGAAGUUCACUCUUUAGAAAUACGGAAUGUUUAUCGGUCAGAUAAAGGGCAAUACAGAUGUGUGGCAAACAAUAACAGUAUCGGUUCUGCAACUUCGUUGGCCGGAACACUCUCAGUGCAUUGUAAGUACCACUUUGUAUUUGAAGCUGUUCACAUAAUAGGUGACUUGCAUUGCAUUGCUGCGUCGACAAUUAUGUCAAUCAAACCAGGCCGGAUCGGAAAAAGGCUGAUUCUCUAUUAGUUUAUUCGAAUUUUGCUCAUGAGGGUUCGGUUUCACAGCUACUGAGGUUAUACAUUAUAUAUAAAUGCUACUGUGCGCAGUACUAAUCAGCUAUCCGGGACAAGCAUAGGAGCUCCUUCUCCUUUCGCGUGUUUCUUUUUCCUUCCGUAUUAUUAAUAAAACGUUUGCUUUACUACUCUUCUGUAUCUUUGUUUAUCACAGAUAAACCUGAGUUUUCUGUGCAUCCACAAAAUGCGACAAAAAUAGAAGAGGAUAACGUUACCUUCACUUGUAAUGCAACUGGAAAUCCUGCACCUACAUUCCGAUGGACCAAAAUCGGUUCUGUUUUAAGGACCGGUUCAAGAAUCAGUUUGUCAUCAGACGGCAAACAGCUCACUAUAACGAAUGUGACCAGAGAAGACAGUGGGCAAUAUGUUUGUGAGGCAACUAACAAUGUGACGACAGUUCCGUCCGAUUCUGCUACACUAAAUGUACAAUGUAAGAUUACUUGUUUUAAUUACUCCCUAAUUGUUGCUAAGAACACUCUUAAACCUGUUGUGUCCUUUUUAAUAAGCAAUUUUAAUAAAAUGUAUGAUUUAUAUUUUUUACAUUUCAAUGUUGUUUAACAUUCUGGUACCUUAGUGUGGUUACCCAUGUUUUUACAUAUAUAUUUGAGCUAUUUUGAAAAAAUAGCUCAUAUGUCAGUGGUGUGAGCGUAUGUAUCUUUGUGGCUUUGUAUCUUUGUGGCUUUGCAUGUUGGGAUGUUUGUUGCAAGAGCCAAUAAGGUUGAAGGUACUAUGAGUUGAUGUUUAGGAACCAAUGAGAUCUUGGCAUCUAUUUAAACAUGGCACUGAUAAAGGUCGAACAAGGGCACUUUGAGACCGCCAUCUUGAUCCUUCACAAUUUUUUCGUCUUUUAUUACGGGUACAGGUUUUUGGAAGCAUUACAUAAAAUAUCUUCAUGAUUCAAACCCUGUGAACAGUGAUGCAGCUGUUUAAGGGUUCAUAUUUAAGUGUGGAUGCUGCUUCGAGGCAUUUCUGACCUAAUUCGGCUAUCAGUACAACGCACGUCAGUAUGAGUUCUGUUUCACGUGCUACAACUGGGUAGAGUAUAAAAGAUCAUAUAUUUUCAAAUCUCUUCCAAUGAAGCAAUGAUUGAUAUUUAGAUAUAGACUUUAAUUCGAAAGUAUGCGCCCUAUAAAAUGUGGUUUUAGAAGUUUAAAAGGCAGCUUAUUUUUUUGAAAGCUGUAUCGAGUAUUGUUAAUCCUGUAAACGAGCUUUAAAAAUAUUAUUCUCUCGCUUACAAAGUUCAACCUACCUUUUUCGUUCUAUUUAGUAAAGAUGCGUAACUUAAGUAGAAACAGUAGCGUUAGGGAAUAAAAUUGGAAGAAGCUAGUUGACACAAUAAUUAGAUACUGUUAUAUUGAGUGGAGUAACAUGAUUUAAGUAGAAAUAUAUUUCGGCAGUUUGAUAAUUUUCUUGGAAGUUAAUAAAUGUUAGGCUAUCAAUCUUGACGGUGCAUGAGACGUAAUUUAAUUGCAGAUGUUGUAAUAAAGCCAAGGUGAUUUCUUAAAAUCGUUUGAGAAAAUUUUGUAGUAAAACAAUUUGCCUCUUUUUUACGUACGAAUUGUGAAAGGGCCAUUGACCAACAUCUUCACAUGCAAAUUGUGUACGUGAGUUAUUUUUAUAAUUCUGUUUACUAGAUUAUUGUGAUAACUCGAAUUCCCUCACGUACGAACCACGAAAGGGGGCAAAGUCCAACACUUUCACGUGCCAGCUGUGUGACUGUACAUCUCAUGCAGAUUGGCUUUUCACAAUAAUAAUAGUAACUUGGACGUAUGAAGACCUGUUUCGUUUAGUAACCAAUGCCUUAAAAAGGCUCUUGUCUUUUAGGAAGCAAUGGCUUUUAAAACAUGACGAAAUAAGUUGUCGGAGUUAAAGACUGUUUCACAAAUGUUAAUAAAUGUUAGGUUAUCAACCUUGACGUUGCAUGAAACAUAAUAGAGAGAUUAAGAUUCACGUUUGCCAAACGAGAGACGUGAAUUUGUACCACGUGACCAAGUUUUCCCCUUAUUUUUCGUUUAAUCUUUAUUGCUUCUACACAAACAUAAGUAGUUUUAUGCCAGUUUUAACCACAGGAAUCGUUCGAGACUGUUUUUAUCUGCUUAUUUUCUAUUCUGAGAAAUUCUCAACUUGAGUCUGACGUUUGUCGUUUGCGGUAAACGUGAAUCUUAUCUCUCUAAUUUAAUUGCAGAUGUUAUAAUGAAGCCGAGGUGAUUUCUUAAAAUCGUUUGAGAAAUUUUUGUAGUAAACAAUUUUUUUUUUUACGUACGAAUUGGAAAAGGGCGAAAGACAACAUCUUCGGGUGCAAAUUGUGUGCGUGAGUUAUUUUUAUAAUUCUGUUUACUAGUUUACUGUGUGAUACCUCGAAUUCCCUCACGUACGAACGACGAAAGGGGCAAAGUCCAACACUUUCACGUGCCAGCUGUGUGACUGUACAUCUCAUGCCGAUUGGCUUUUCACAAUGAUAACUAGUAACUUGGACGUAUGAAGACCUGUUUCGUUUUGUAACCAAUGCCUUAAAAAGGUUCUUGUCUUUUCAGAAGCAAUACCGUUUAAAACAUGAGAAAUAAGUUGUCGGAGUUAAAAAUAAGUUGUCGGAGUUUGUUUCACUGAGUAGGAUCGCACGUGAAGACCUCGUGAAUUAUGAUGAUGCAACCAUCUACCACAACGAUAAAAAUCCUGGUAUUUCGUAACUAUUCAGUAUUCGAUGAGUCACAUUUUGGCUUAAGAAACUCGGAGGAAACCUUAGAGUUUUCCUUCUAAUCAACGUUUGGUGAAUAGAAAUUUAUUUCACUUUAAUGAUUUGUUUAACUUGCACCAGAUGUAACAGGGAAAGACAGAGGAAAGUGAAUAUAUAGCUUGAGGAUCGACUCAGCUAAGCGUUUCGCGUUUUCAUUUAUGUACCGCAAUACGCAAUUUCGCGCAAAAACCCAAUCUGCAUUUAGGAUGAAAGAGGUAGAUUCAUCACUCUUGGUAAGGUUACACCGAAGCAUUAAAGAUACACUGAAGCAUUCAAAAUAGCUCAUGCACGUUUAACGUGCCUAUGAUCUAGAAAGGAAGCAAACAACGCAACACGAGGUCUUAUUAAAAGAUGAAUAAUUCCCUAAACCAAAAAGUUUCCUUGUCUAUCAAACCUUAAAAUUGGCCCGUUAGCCCUUUUACCUCCAUUCGUUGAAUGCAAUGACAGAUUUCUCAAAUCUUUUAUUUGCUUUAAAUGAUCAACUGUCCUCACCUUUUAAUACCCCUAAAGCCUGAAAAAGAGCCCCUUUCUUUCCCUCCCGCGCGCCGGUUACACAGGUUGCUUAGCGACAAAUAAAUAAUUGUCUUGCUGUGCUAUCAAGUGUUUUAAAACUUUCUAACUCCUCAGAGUAUGGAUGCUUUUACUCAUUACAGUGAUAUCCUAAGGGCUCAAGUAAUCUGCGCCAUGAGGCGAACUAAAGUCAUUAUAAGACUAUUAAAGAUUCAUUUAGCGUUUGGUAUUUUCCCUUAUUUCCUACUUUAAUCGCAUUGCUCCUAAUUACAAAUCAGCCUGAGGUCCUUACGCAUCCACGAAAUGAGACAAAGACUGUAGUUUAUGUCCGGGAAAAUAAUGUCUACAAAGUUUGCGACAUUGACUAAAUUCAUAUUCACAGGCUUCCUAUUUAUCAAAAAGGUAGUUCUGAACAUUCUACUUAGAAAUCUCGUCCUGAGUAGUAGCUUGUACUUUUCCCCUUUCAGAUGCACCUGGGUUCACCAAACAUCCUGACAAUAUCGUGAAAAUAGAGGGAGAGACCGCUAUCUUUAACUGCACUGUAGAUGGAAACCCUGAACCCAGCAUUGACUGGACAAAAGAUAACGUGACUCUUAACAUCACAGCGGAUCCAGAUCUAAGCCAAUCAAACUCAGGAAAAGUUCACUCUUUAGAAAUACGGAAUGUUUAUCGGUCAGAUAAAGGGCAAUACAGAUGUGUGGCAAACAAUAACAGUAUCGGUUCUGCAACUUCGUUGGCCGGAACACUCUCAGUGCAUUGUAAGUACCACUUUGUAUUUGAAGCUGUUCACAUAAUAGGUGACUUGCAUUGCAUUGCUGCUUCGACAAUUAUGUCAAUCAAACCAGGCCGGAUCGGAAAAAGGCUGAUUCUCUAUUAGUUUAUUCGAAUUUUGCUCAUGAGGGUUCGGUUUCACAGCUACUGAGGUUAUACAUUAUAUAUAAAUGCUACUGUGCAAGGCUCUAACCAGCUAUCAGGGACAAGCAUGUGAGCUCCUUCUCCUUUCGCGUGUUUCCUCUCCCUUCCGUAGUAUUAAUAAAACGUUUACUUCUCUACUGUUCUGUAUAUAUCUUUGUUUAUCACAGAUAAACCUGAGUUUUCUGUGCAUCCACAAAAUGCGACACAGAUAGAAGGGUCUAACGUUUCUUUCACUUGUAAUGCAACUGGAAAUCCUGCACCUUCAUUCCGAUGGACCAAAAACGGUUCUGUUUUAACGACCGGUUCAAGAAUCGGUUUGUCAUCAGACGGCAAACAGCUCACUUUAACGAAUGUGACUAGAGAAGACAGUGGGCAAUAUGUCUGUGAGGCAACUAACAAUGUGAGGACAGUUCCAUCCGAUUCUGCUACACUAAAUGUACAAUGUAAGAUUACUUAUAAUUAUUACCUACUUAUUGAUAAAAAUACUCUCUAACCUGUUGUGUCCUUUUUAAUAUACAAUUUUAAUAAAAUGUAUGAUUUUUGUUUUUUGCAUUUCAUUGUUGUUUAAAAUUCUGGUACCUUAGUGUGGUUACCUAUGUUUUUACAUAUAUAGUCUAGAAAAGAAGCAAACAAAGCAACACAAGGUCUUAUUCAAAGAUGAAUAAUUCCCUAAACCAGAAAGUUUCCUUGUCUAUCAAACCUUAAAAUUGGCCUUUUUUAGCCCAUUUAGCUCCUUUCGUAGAACGCAAUGCAAUAUUUCCCAAAUCUUUCAUUUGCUUUAGUUGAUGAAAUCCUCACCUUUCAUUUACCAAAAGCCUGAAAAAGGGGCCCCUUUCUUUCCCCCCCGCGCUCCGGUUACACAGGUUGUUCAGCGACAAAUAAUUAAUUUUCAUGCUCUGCUAUAAAGUGUUUUAAAACUUACUACCUCUUCAGAGUAUGAAUGCUUUUACUCAAUACAGUGGUAUCGUAAGAGCUCAAGUAAUCUGCGUAAUGAGGCGAACAAAAGUCAUUAUAAGACUAUUUAAGAUUCUUUUAGCGUUUCCCUUAUUUUCUACCUUAAUCGCAUUGCCUUCUUAUUACAGUUCAACCUGAGUUUCUUACGCAUCCACGAAAUAAGACAAAGAAGGAAGGGGAGAAUGUGACUUUUACCUGUGAUGCAGAUGGAAAUCCUACACCCACAUUCUCAUGGACGAAAGACGGUUCUGCUGUGAAUACGACUUCAAGAAUCACUUUUAACGCAGAUAAAAAGCAGUUAUCUAUAACGAAUGUGGACAGAGGAGACAGCGGAAAAUACAUCUGUGUGGCUAUGAAUGAUGUUAACGAAGUUCAAUCCAACUCUUCCACAUUAAAUGUACAAUGUAAGGAUACUUUUGCUUGAUUUUUCAACAUGAUUGUUUUAAGAGAUAUUCUUUACCUCUGCUUUUGUUUUUCAUUUUUUUCUCAGGUGUUUUUUUUUCUUUCGCUUUUUUUAGAAUAACUGUAACUAAUGCAAUCAUUUAAUACAUUUUAAGAUUUACUGUAUCUCUGUCAUUGAUUUUUGCAGCUAUAAUUCUUUAAAAAUUUUGUUAAUAUAAUUUAAUAAUUUUACUGAGGGAGCCCAUUCCUUAUCAGCCAAGUGGCUUCCCUUGGGCUUCCUCGCCAUUAGGUUUUUAAACAGUUAGAUUUUCUCGUUUCUUGGUACAUGUUUUACGGCAAAACGAUAAACUGAACUUAACUGAACUGAUUACUAGGAUCAGAACGCAGACUGGAGAAGAAAAGAGCAAACAGCCAGCAGCAAGGAGAGAGGCGUUUCAUUCAAAACCGUUGUAGUUUUUAAACCAAGCAGGAGCAAACCCGCAGCGCAGCAUUACAACAUUGUUGCGACAUUGUUUCGAAUAGUUGCAACAGUGUGCCAACAUUGCUAUGCUGUGAUGCGCUCAAACUCGUCGUUGGGAUUUUACUAACAGGAUUUUAUUUACAUAUUAGAAAAGAAUAAAAUGCGUCCGGUAAAAGCAUGGAACAGUUUUAUAAUUUAUCCGGUAUAAAAGUGUCUACAAAGUUUGCGCCAUUAGAGACCUUUAGCAUCAGGUUUUUCAUGGGAAACCGCAAACCGCAGUUUGCACUUACGCAGUUUCGCGUUGCUGCGAGAUUUCAAAUUUUAGCAAGGCGUUCAGUUCAGUUCAGUUCAGUUCAUUUUUAUUUAGCCAAAAUAUAAUACAAUACAAGAAUAUAUAAAGGAAUUGUAAGGUUGCAAGGGAGCCCAGAAGAAACCAGAAGGCUUAUGAAGCCUGGGCUCCCCAAUCACAAAGAAAUAUUAAGUAAAAAAAAAAUGAAAUUCGCCGAGUGAUACGUUAAAAAUGGGAACUAAACAAAGACUGUGUUAAGUUAUGAAUUCAGUAACAAAAUAGAAAAAGAAUUUUAACUCUGGAUUGGAACAGAAAACUUUCUUAUGUUAUUAAGGCAGAAAGGAUUAUAAAAUCGAUUUGAACUACGCGUUUAUUGCUUAGUGCCGCCAUGUUGUUUUUGAUCAAGUCGAAGUUUAUUACUGUAAUCGCCAUAAAAAAGGAGUAGUGCAUUGAUUCGAGAUCAAAAAUCCAACAAACACAUUGCAAACGGAUAUAAAAAGCUAGUUCGUGCUUUAAACGCGAGCCUGUACAAUUUUUAGUGGCAAAAAUCCUUGCCGUAAAUCACUUACAGCUGCUUACUGCUGGAAGCCCUUCCUGUGGUUCAAAAGUGAACUGCAAACUGCAAACAUGACCGCAAGGCCGUGGUCUCGUGACAUUUUGUGGUUUGCGGUUUUCCAUGAAAAACCUGAUGCUAAAGGUCUCUAUUAACUAAACGCACAUCCACAGGCUUUCUUUUUAUCAAAAAGUAGUUCUGAACAUUUCAAUUAGAUAGAAAUCUCGUCCUGAGUAGUAGUCUUGUACUUUUCCCCUUUCAGAUGCACCUGGGUUCACCAAACAUCCUGACAAUAUCGUGAAAAUAGAGGGAGAGACCGCUAUCUUUAACUGCACUGUAGAUGGAAACCCUGAACCCAGCAUUGACUGGACAAAAGAUAACGUGACUCUUAACAUCGCAGCGGAUCCGGAUCUAAGCCAAUCGAACUCAGGAAAAGUUCACUUUUUAGAAAUACAGAAUGUUCAUCGGUCGGAUAAAGGGCAAUACAGAUGUGUGGCAAACAAUAACAGUAUCGGUUCUGCAACUUCGUUGGCCGGAACACUCUCAGUGCAUUGUAAGUACCACUUUGUAUUUGAAGCUGUUCACAUAAUAGGUGACUUGCUGCAUCGACAAUUAUGUCAAUCAAACCAGGCCGGAUCGGAAAAAGGCUGAUUCUCUAUUAGUUUAUUCGAAUUUUGCUCAUGAGGGUUCGGUUUCACAGCUACUGAGGUUAUACAUUGUAUAUAAAUGCUACCGUGCAAAGUACUUACCAGCUAUCAGGGACAAGCAUGUGAGCUCCUUCUCCUUUCGCGUGUUUCCUCUCCCUUCCGUAGUAUUAAUAAAACGUUUGCUUCACUACUGUUCUGUAUAUAUCUUUGUUUAUCACAGAUAAACCUGAGUUUUCUGUGCAUCCACAAAAUGCGACACAGAUAGAAGGGUCUAACGUUUCUUUCACUUGUAAUGCAACUGGAAAUCCUGCACCUACAUUCCGAUGGACCAAAAACGGUUCUGUUUUAACGACCGGUUCAAGAAUCAGUUUGUCAUCAGACGACAAACAGCUCACUUUAACGAAUGUGACUAGAGAAGACAGUGGGCAAUAUGUCUGUGAGGCAACUAACAAUGUGAGGACAGUUCCGUCCGAUUCUGCUACACUAAAUGUAAAAUGUAAGAUUACUUUUUAUAAUUAUUACCUAAUUACUGCUAAAAAUACUCUCUAACCUGUUGUGUCCUUUUUAAUAUGCAAUUUUAAUAAAAUGCAUGAUUUUUGUUUUUUUGCAUUUCAUUGUUGUUUAAAAUUCUGGUACCUUAGUGUGGUUACCUAUGUUUUUACAUAUAUAGUCUAGAAAGGAAGCAAACAACACAACACGAGGUCUUAUUAAAAGAUGAAUAAUUCCCUAAACCAGAAAGUUUCCUUCUCUAUCAAACCUUAAAAUUGGCCCGUUAGCCCUAUUACCUCCAUUCGUUGAAUGCAAUGACAGAUUUCUCAAAUCUUUUAUUUGCUUUAAAUGAUCAACUGUCCUCACCUUUUAAUAAGUAGUCUUGUACCUUUCCCCUUUCAGAUGCACCUGGGUUCACCAAACAUCCUGACAAUAUCGUGAAAAUAGAGGGAGAGACCGCUAUCUUUAACUGCACUGUAGAUGGAAACCCUGAACCCAGCAUUGACUGGACAAAAGAUAACGUGACUCUAAACAUCACAGCGGAUCCAGAUCUAAGCCAAUCAAACUCAGAAAAAGUUCACUCUUUAGAAAUACGGAAUGUUAGUCGGUCAGAUAAAGGGCAAUACAGAUGUGUGGCAAACAAUAACAGUAUCGGUUCUGCAACUUCGUUGGCCGGAACACUCUCGGUGCAUUGUAAGUACCACCUUGUAUUUGAAGCUGUUCACAUAAUAGGUGACUUCCUCCAAGAAACGCCUAGACACCAGGCACUCAUUCAAAGGAGGCGCUUUAUCGAGUUGGCCGCUACAAGGUAGCUUCCAAGAAAGAAGAAAAAGUUUAUGUCUAUCAUCUGAACAAUGCACAGCUUUUAGUACUUCACAAAAACAUAGGGACAGUGACAGCCAUAGGCUAAACUGUUUCCCUUCAUUGAUUCCAUUGUAGUCACAAACAAUUAUAAAGUGAGAACAAAACAUCAUUUUCUUAGUGAUAAUCUUACUAUUUUUGGAAGUGAGGGGGAUGGUGGGGGGGGGGGCGGGGGGAGGGUUACUCGGGUUGGGUUGCCUGUUUCAGCUGGUUUGAUCGAGGGUGGCCCCUUAUUCAGGGGAGGACGCUUAUUGGAUCGUGGACUCUUGUUUGAGUGAAUAUGCUAGCUAAAGAAAAUAGUGUUUGUGUGCAUUAGAAGGUCAUUUGGAUGGCUUGUUUGUAAAACUGUUGCAACAAUGUCGAAUAUGCAUAGCCCUGGGAAAGAUUUAGAGUGGUUAGCUCUAUAAUGCAAUUUUCCCUCUUUUCCCCAGUUCAUUUCUUUCUUUGUGAUCAGUAUAUGAUCACGCAUUGCUACCACGAUAGAAGAACUGAGAUUUGAUGAUGAUAACUAUCGUAGGCUUAGAUUGAUUGACGUAAUAGUUGCACUUGAGACACAGGCGCAUAUCGUGGCCGAAGCAGAAAAAUCGAGGAAUAUUUUUCGUCACGUUCCGGGAAGAUAUUCACGUACGUUUGAGCUACCGGCUACGGUGUUCUAGUAUCCACAUUCUUGGCGGUGAUUGAGUAUAAUUUCGUAACGCUUCCCUUGCCGCCUACAAGAAAAUUGUUCCAUUUUUUCCUUUAACUAUACGUCUAUUAAAACUUCUUGCUAGCUACAAGCCCAACACUUCUGUGUUUUUAUGAAGGAAACAAAGUAUUAGCACUGCGGGUCUCACAAUGAGUGUUAAAAGACUUCUGUUGUUAUUAAUUGCUGUUCCCUUUUCUCAAGAAGGUUAGUGGAGCUCAGCUAACUCUGAGUAUAUUAUGCUGAAGUGAUGAAUUGUUCUGAUAAGUGUGUUGCGUUUUUUUCAAGACUUGUUGAAUUCCAGUUUAAAAAUUCAAGUUUCAGUUAAAAGAACUUUUGAUAUAAGAGUGCUCUGGUAGAACUUCGGAACUUUUCAUGUACCACUAGCAAUUCUGUAGUCACCCACUUUCCAUGCAAUGAUUUUAUUUUUUUCCAUUUGUGUGAUCUUACAGUCAUUUAAUUGUUCACAACUGCAGUUGGUAUGAAAGGCAAAUCUGCUUGUUAUGCGGACCGCUUCUGGCGGCCUUGUUCAAAUUCCACUGAUAUAUCAAACUAGAUAUUGUGCUAGGAAGCCGCAUCACGCUUCAUAUAUUUAACAAAUAGAUUCCAAGUUGCCGUGCGUAUGUUCAGUAGUAGAUCCGGCAUCCCAGAUGACGUCAAAAUGUGGUACACGAGCCGCAGGCCAGUGUGUCACUGAUGUUUUUUUUUGAUAUUUUUCUCCUGACGUCAUCCAUGUAUCUGUACUCUAAUAGAUCAUGGGCAACGACCAAUCACAGCGCGCGUAGCAUUCCCAUGUAAUAGCUCAUUUUUUGUAUUCAAGAAAUUCAUGAUGCAGCUUAAAUUUCUUUAGCUGACAAGCGCGAGCAAUCAUUAAGGCGCUACCACUCACUGAAAAAGAAAAAGGAAAGAUUUUUGUUAGUUUAUUCGAAUUUCGCUCAUGAGGGAUCGAUUUCAUCGCUACUGAGGUUAUACACUAUAUAUAACUGCUACUUUGUACAAUACACUAACCAGCUAUAAGGGACGAGUAUAGGAGCUCCCUCUCCUAUCAAUAAAACGCUUACUUGACCUCUGUUCUUUAUAUUUCUUUAUCACGGGUCAACCUCAGUUUUCUUUGCAUCCACAAAAUGAGACAAAGAUAGAGGGGAUAACGUUACUUUCACUUGUGAUGCAACAGGAAAUUCUGCACCCACGUUCAAUUGGACCAAAGACGGUUCUGUUUUAACGACGGGUUCAAGAAUCAGUUUGUCAUCGGACGGCAAACAACUCAAUAUAACGAAUCUGACUAGAGAAGACAGUGGGCGAUAUGUCUGUGAGGCAACUGACAAUGUGACGACAGUUCUGUCCAAUUCUGCUACACUAAAUGUACAAUGUAAGAUUACUUAUUAUAAUUAUUACCUAGUUAUUACUAACUGAAUACUGUUAAACCUAUUGCGUCCUUUUUAAUAUGCAAUUUUAAUAAAAUAUAUGAUUUAUAUUUUUUACAUUUCAAUGUUGUUUAAAAUUCUGGUACCUUAGUGUGGUUACCUAUGUUUUUACAUAUAUAUUCUAGAAAGGAAGCAAACAACACAACACGAGGUCUUAUUAAAAGAUGAAUAAUUCCCUAAACCAGAAAGUUUCCUUCUCUAUCAAACCUUAAAAUUGGCCCGUUAGCCCUAUUACCUCCAUUCGUUGAAUGCAAUGACAGAUUUCUCAAAUCUUUUAUUUGCUUUAAAUGAUCAACUGUCCUCACCUUUUAAUAAGUAGUCUUGUACUUUUCCCCUUUCAGAUGCACCUGGGUUCACCAAACAUCCUGACAAUAUCGUGAAAAUAGAGGGAGAGACCGCUAUCUUUAACUGCACUGUAGAUGGAAACCCUGAACCCAGCAUUGACUGGACAAAAGAUAACGUGACUCUUAACAUCACAGCGGAUCCAGAUCUAAGGCAAUCAAACUCAGGAGAAGUUCACUCUUUAGAAAUACGGAAUGUUUAUCGGUCAGAUAAAGGGCAAUACAGAUGUGUGGCAAACAAUAACAGUAUCGGUUCUGCAACUUCGUUGGCCGGAACACUCUCAGUGCAUUGUAAGUACCACUUUGUAUUUGAAGCUGUUCACAUAAUAGGUGACUUGCAUUGCAUUGCUGCGUCCACCUUUAUGUCAAUCAAACCAGGCCGGAUCGGAAAAAGGCUGAUUCUCUAUUAGUUUAUUCGAAUUUUGCUCAUGAGGGUUCGGUUUCACAGCUACUGAGGUUAUACAUUAUAUAUAAAUGCUACUGUGCGCAGUACUAAUCAGCUAUCCGGGACAAGCAUAGGAGCUCCUUCUCCUUUCGCGUGUUUCUUUUCCCUUCCGUAUUAUUAAUAAAACGUUUGCUUUACUACUGUUCUGUAUCUUUGUUUAUCACAGAUAAACCUGAGUUUUCUGUGCAUCCACAAAAUGCGACAAAAAUAGAAGAGGAUAACGUUACUUUCACUUGUAAUGCAACUGGAAAUCCUGCACCUACAUUCCGAUGGACCAAAAUCGGUUCUGUUUUAAGGACCGGUUCAAGAAUCAGUUUGUCAUCAGACGGCAAACAGCUCACUAUAACGAAUGUGACCAGAGAAGACAGUGGGCAAUAUGUUUGUGAGGCAACUAACAAUGUGACGACAGUUCCGUCCGAUUCUGCUACACUAAAUGUACAAUGUAAGAUUACUUGUUUUAAUUACUCCCUAAUUGUUGCUAAGAACACUCUUAAACCUGUUGUGUCCUUUUUAAUAAGCAAUUUUAAUAAAAUGUAUGAUUUAUAUUUUUUACAUUUCAAUGUUGUUUAACAUUCUGGUACCUUAGUGUUGUUACCUAUGUUUUUACAUAUAUAUUUGAGCUAUUUUGAAAAAAUAGCUCAUAUGUCAGUGGUGUGAGCGUAUGUAUCUUUGUGGCUUUGUAUCUUUGUGGCUUUGCAUGUUGGGAUGUUUGUUGCAAGAGCCAAUAAGGUUGAAGGUACUAUGAGUUGAUGUUUAGGAACCAAUGAGAUCUUGGCAUCUAUUUAAACAUGGCACUGAUAAAGGUCGAACAAGGGCACUUUGAGACCGCCAUCUUGAUCCUUCACAAUUUUUUCGUCUUUUAUUACGGGUACAGGUUUUUGGAAGCAUUACAUAAAAUAUCUUCAUGAUUCAAACCCUGUGAACAGUGAUGCAGCUGUUUAAGGGUUCAUAUUUAAGUGUGGAUGCUGCUUCGAGGCAUUUCUGACCUAAUUCGGCUAUCAGUACAAUGCACGUCAGUAUGAGUUCUGUUUCACGUGCUACAACUGGGUAGAGUAUAAAAGAUCAUAUAUUUUCAAAUCUCUUCCAAUGAAGCAAUGAUUGAUAUUUAGAUAUAGACUUUUAUUCGAAAGUAUGCGCCCUAUAAAAUGUGGUUUUAGAAGUUUAAAAGGCAGCUUAUUUUUUUGAAAGCUGUAUCGAGUAUUGUUAAUUCUGUAAACGAGCUUUAAAAAUAUUAUUCUCUCGCUUACAAAGUUCAACCUACCUUUUUCGUUCUAUUUAGUAAAGAUGCGUAACUUAAGUAGAAACAGUAGCGUUAGGGAAUAAAAUUGGAAGAAGCUAGUUGACACAAUAAUUAGAUACUGUUAUAUUGAGUGGAGUAACAUGAUUUAAGUAGAAAUAUAUUUCGGCAGUUUGAUAAUUUUCUUGAAAGUUAAUAAAUGUUAGGCUAUCAACCUUGACGUUGCAGGAGACAUAAUUUAAUUGCAGAUGUUGUAAUAAAGCCGAGGUGAUUUCUUAAAAUCGUUUGAGAAAAUUUUGUAGUAAAACAAUUUGCCUCUUUUUUACGUACGAGUUGUGAAAGGGCCAUUGACCAACAUCUUCACAUGCAAAUUGUGUACAUGAGUUAUUUUUAUAAUUCUGUUUAUUAGAUUAUUGUGUGAUAACUCGAAUUCCCUCACGUACGAACCACGAAAGGGGGCAAAGUCCAACACUUUCACGUGCCAGCUGUGUGACUGUACAUCUCAUGCAGAUUGGCUUUUCACAAUGACAAUAGUAACUUGGACGUAUGAAGACCUGUUUCGUUUAGUAACCAAUGCCUUAAAAAGGCUCUUGUCUUUUAAGAAGCAAUGGCUUUCAAAACAUGACGAAAUAAGUUGUCGGAGUUAAAGACUGUUUCACAAAUGUUAAUAAAUGUUAGGUUAUCAACCUUGACGUUGCAUGAAACAUAAUAGAGAGAUUAAGAUUCACGUUUACGCCAAACGAGAGACGUGAAUUUGUACCACGUGACCAAGUUUUCCCCUUAUUUUUCGUUUAAUCUUUAUUGCUUCUACACAAACAUAAGUAGUUUUAUGCCAGUUUUAACCACAGGAAUCGUUCGAGACUGUUUUUAUCUGCUUAUUUUCUAUUCUGAGAAAUUCUCAACUUGAGUCUGACGUUUGUCGUUUGCGGUAAACGUGAAUCUUAAUCUCUCUAAUUUAAUUGCAGAUGUUAUAAUGAAGCCGAGGUGAUUUCUUAAAAUCGUUUGAGAAAAUUUUGUAGUAAACAAUUUGCCUUUUUUUUACGUACGAAUUGGAAAAGGGCGAAAGACAACAUCUUCGGGUGCAAAUUGUGUGCGUGAGUUAUUUUUAUAAUUCUGUUUACUAGUUUACUGUGUGAUACCUCGAAUUCCCUCACGUACGAACGACGAAAGGGGGCAAAGUCCAACACUUUCACGUGCCAGCUGUGUGACUGUACAUCUCAUGCCGAUUGGCUUUUCACAAUGAUAACUAGUAACUUGGACGUAUGAAGACCUGUUUCGUUUUGUAACCAAUGCCUUAAAAAAGGUUCUUGUCUUUUCAGAAGCAAUAGCGUUUAAAACAUGAGAAAUAAGUUGUCGGAGUUAAAAAUAAGUUGUCGGAGUUUGUUUCACUGAGUAGGAUCGCACGUGAAGACCUCGUGAAUUAUGAUGAUGCAACCAUCUACCACAACGAUAAAAAUCCUGGUAUUUCGUAACUAUUCAGUAUUCGAUGAGUCACAUUUUGGCUUAAGAAACUCGGAGGAAACCUUAGAGUUUUCCUUCUAAUCAACGUUUGGUGAAUAGAAAUUUAUUUCACUUUAAUGAUUUGUUUAACUUGCACCAGAUGUAACAGGGAAAGACAGAGGAAAGUGAAUAUAUAGCUUGAGGAUCGACUCAGCUAAGCGUUUCGCGUUUUCAUUUAUGUACCGCAAUAUGCAAUUUCGCGCAAAAACCCAAUCUGCAUUUAGGAUGAAAGAGGUAGAUUCAUCACUCUUGGUAAGGUUACACCGAAGCAUUAAAGUUACACUGAAGCAUUCAAAAUAGCUCAUGCACGUUUAACGUGCCUAUGAUCUAGAAAGGAAGCAAACAACGCAACACGAGGUCUUAUUAAAAGAUGAAUAAUUCCCUAAACCAAAAAGUUUCCUUGUCUAUCAAACCUUAAAAUUGGCCCGUUAGCCCUUUUACCUCCAUUCGUUGAAUGCAAUGACAGAUUUCUCAAAUCUUUUAUUUGCUUUAAAUGAUCAACUGUCCUCACCUUUUAAUACCCCUAAAGCCUGAAAAAGAGCCCCUUUCUUUCCCUCCCGCGCGCCGGUUACACAGGUUGCUUAGCGACAAAUAAAUAAUUGUCUUGCUGUGCUAUCAAGUGUUUUAAAACUUUCUAACUCCUCAGAGUAUGGAUGCUUUUACUCAUUACAGUGAUAUCCUAAGGGCUCAAGUAAUCUGCGCCAUGAGGCGAACUAAAGUCAGAUUAUAAGACUAUUAAAGAUUCAUUUAGCGUUUGGUAUUUUCCCUUAUUUCCUACUUUAAUCGCAUUGCUCCUAAUUACAAAUCAGCCUGAGGUCCUUACGCAUCCACGAAAUGAGACAAAGACUGUAGUUUAUGUCCGGGAAAAUAAUGUCUACAAAGUUUGCGCCAUUGACUAAAUUCAUAUUCACAGGCUUCCUAUUUAUCAAAAAGGUAGUUCUGAACAUUCUACUUAGAAAUCUCGUCCUGAGUAGUAGCUUGUACUUUUCCCCUUUCAGAUGCACCUGGGUUCACCAAACAUCCUGACAAUAUCGUGAAAAUAGAGGGAGAGACCGCUAUCUUUAACUGCACUGUAGAUGGAAACCCUGAACCCAGCAUUGACUGGACAAAAGAUAACGUGACUCUUAACAUCACAGCGGAUCCAGAUCUAAGCCAAUCAAACUCAGGAAAAGUUCACUCUUUAGAAAUACGGAAUGUUUAUCGGUCAGAUAAAGGGCAAUACAGAUGUGUGGCAAACAAUAACAGUAUCGGUUCUGCAACUUCGUUGGCCGGAACACUCUCAGUGCAUUGUAAGUACCACUUUGUAUUUGAAGCUGUUCACAUAAUAGGUGACUUGCAUUGCAUUGCUGCGUCGACAAUUAUGUCAAUCAAACCAGGCCGGAUCGGAAAAAGGCUGAUUCUCUAUUAGUUUAUUCGAAUUUUGCUUAUGAGGGUUCGGUUUCACAGCUACUGAGGUUAUACAUUAUAUAUAAAUGCUACUGUGCAAGGCUCUAACCAGCUAUCAGGGACAAGCAUGUGAGCUCCUUCUCCUUUCGCGUGUUUCCUCUCCCUUCCGUAGUAUUAAUAAAACGUUUACUUCUCUACUGUUCUGUAUAUAUCUUUGUUUAUCACAGAUAAACCUGAGUUUUCUGUGCAUCCACAAAAUGCGACACAGAUAGAAGGGUCUAACGUUUCUUUCACUUGUAAUGCAACUGGAAAUCCUGCACCUUCAUUCCGAUGGACCAAAAACGGUUCUGUUUUAACGACCGGUUCAAGAAUCGGUUUGUCAUCAGACGGCAAACAGCUCACUUUAACGAAUGUGACUAGAGAAGACAGUGGGCAAUAUGUCUGUGAGGCAACUAACAAUGUGAGGACAGUUCCAUCCGAUUCUGCUACACUAAAUGUACAAUGUAAGAUUACUUAUAAUUAUUACCUACUUAUUGAUAAAAAUACUCUCUAACCUGUUGUGUCCUUUUUAAUAUACAAUUUUAAUAAAAUGUAUGAUUUUUGUUUUUUUGCAUUUCAUUGUUGUUUAAAAUUCUGGUACCUUAGUGUGGUUACCUAUGUUUUUACAUAUAUAGUCUAGAAAAGAAGCAAACAAAGCAACACAAGGUCUUAUUCAAAGAUGAAUAAUUCCCUAAACCAGAAAGUUUCCUUGUCUAUCAAACCUUAAAAUUGGCCUUUUUUAGCCCAUUUAGCUCCUUUCGUAGAACGCAAUGCAAUAUUUCCCAAAUCUUUCAUUUGCUUUAGUUGAUGAAAUCCUCACCUUUCAUUUACCAAAAGCCUGAAAAAGGGGCCCCUUUCUUUCCCCCCCGCGCUCCGGUUACACAGGUUGUUCAGCGACAAAUAAUUAAUUUUCAUGCUCUGCUAUAAAGUGUUUUAAAACUUACUACCUCUUCAGAGUAUGAAUGCUUUUACUCAAUACAGUGGUAUCGUAAGAGCUCAAGUAAUCUGCGUAAUGAGGCGAACAAAAGUCAUUAUAAGACUAUUUAAGAUUCUUUUAGCGUUUCCCUUAUUUUCUACCUUAAUCGCAUUGCCUUCUAAUUACAGAUCAGCCUGAGUUUAAUACGCAUCCACAAAAUAAGACAAAGACAGAAGGGGAAAAUGUGACUUUUACCUGUAAUGCAGUUGGCAAUCCUGCACCCACAUUCUCAUGGACGAGAGACGGUUCUGUUGUGAAUACGACUUCAAGAAUCACUUUUAACGAAAAUAAUAAGACGUUGACCAUAACGAAUGUGAUCAGAGGAGACAGCGGAGAAUACAUCUGUGUGGCUACGAACAAUGUUAACAGAGUUGAAUCCAACCCUUCCACAUUAAAUGUACAAUGUAAGGAUACUUUUGCUUGAUUAUUCAGCAUGAUUGUUUUAAGAGAUAUUCUUUACCUCUGCUUUUGUUUUUCUUUUUUUUUUUUCUCAGGUGUUUUUUUUUCUUUCGCUUUUUUUAGAAUAACUGUAACUAAUGCAAUCAUUUAAUACAUUUUAAGAUUUACUGUAUCUCUGUCAUUGAUUUUUGCAGCUAUAAUUCUUUAAAAAUUUUGUUAAUAUAAUUUAAUAAUUUUACUGAGGGAGCCCAUUCCUUAUCAGCCAAGUGGCUUCCCUUGGGCUUCCUCGCCAUUAGGUUUUUAAACAGUUAGAUUUUCUCGUUUCUUGGUACAUGUUUUACGGCAAAACGAUAAACUGAACUUAACUGAACUGAUUACUAGGAUCAGAACGCAGACUGGAGAAGAAAAGAGCAAACAGCCAGCAGCAAGGAGAGAGGCGUUUCAUUCAAAACCGUUGUAGUUUUUAAACCAAGCAGGAGCAAACCCGCAGCGCAGCAUUACAACAUUGUUGCGACAUUGUUUCGAAUAGUUGCAACAGUGUGCCAACAUUGCUAUGCUGUGAUGCGCUCAAACUCGUCGUUGGGAUUUUACUAACAGGAUUUUAUUUACAUAUUAGAAAAGAAUAAAAUGCGUCCGGUAAAAGCAUGGAACAGUUUUAUAAUUUAUCCGGUAUAAAAGUGUCUACAAAGUUUGCGCCAUUAGAGACCUUUAGCAUCAGGUUUUUCAUGGGAAACCGCAAACCGCAGUUUGCACUUACGCAGUUUCGCGUUGCUGCGAGAUUUCAAAUUUUAGCAAGGCGUUCAGUUCAGUUCAGUUCAGUUCAUUUUUAUUUAGCCAAAAUAUAAUACAAUACAAGAAUAUAUAAAGGAAUUGUAAGGUUGCAAGGGAGCCCAGAAGAAACCAGAAGGCUUAUGAAGCCUGGGCUCCCCAAUCACAAAGAAAUAUUAAGUAAAAAAAAAAUGAAAUUCGCCGAGUGAUACGUUAAAAAUGGGAACUAAACAAAGACUGUGUUAAGUUAUGAAUUCAGUAACAAAAUAGAAAAAGAAUUUUAACUCUGGAUUGGAACAGAAAACUUUCUUAUGUUAUUAAGGCAGAAAGGAUUAUAAAAUCGAUUUGAACUACGCGUUUAUUGCUUAGUGCCGCCAUGUUGUUUUUGAUCAAGUCGAAGUUUAUUACUGUAAUCGCCAUAAAAAAGGAGUAGUGCAUUGAUUCGAGAUCAAAAAUCCAACAAACACAUUGCAAACGGAUAUAAAAAGCUAGUUCGUGCUUUAAACGCGAGCCUGUACAAUUUUUAGUGGCAAAAAUCCUUGCCGUAAAUCACUUACAGCUGCUUACUGCUGGAAGCCCUUCCUGUGGUUCAAAAGUGAACUGCAAACUGCAAACAUGACCGCAAGGCCGUGGUCUCGUGACAUUUUGUGGUUUGCGGUUUUCCAUGAAAAAAACCUGAUGCUAAAGGUCUCUAUUAACUAAACGCACAUCCACAGGCUUUCUUUUUUAUCAAAAAGUAGUUCUGAACAUUUCAAUUAGAUAGAAAUCUCGUCCUGAGUAGUAGUCUUGUACUUUUCCCCUUUCAGAUGCACCUGGGUUCACCAAACAUCCUGACAAUAUCGUGAAAAUAGAGGGAGAGACCGCUAUCUUUAACUGCACUGUAGAUGGAAACCCUGAACCCAGCAUUGACUGGACAAAAGAUAACGUGACUCUUAACAUCGCAGCGGAUCCGGAUCUAAGCCAAUCGAACUCAGGAAAAGUUCACUUUUUAGAAAUACAGAAUGUUCAUCGGUCGGAUAAAGGGCAAUACAGAUGUGUGGCAAACAAUAACAGUAUCGGUUCUGCAACUUCGUUGGCCGGAACACUCUCAGUGCAUUGUAAGUACCACUUUGUAUUUGAAGCUGUUCACAUAAUAGGUGACUUGCUGCAUCGACAAUUAUGUCAAUCAAACCAGGCCGGAUCGGAAAAAGGCUGAUUCUCUAUUAGUUUAUUCGAAUUUUGCUCAUGAGGGUUCGGUUUCACAGCUACUGAGGUUAUACAUUGUAUAUAAAUGCUACCGUGCAAAGUACUUACCAGUUAUCAGGGACAAGCAUGUGAGCUCCUUCUCCUUUCGCGUGUUUCCUCUCCCUUCCGUAGUAUUAAUAAAACGUUUGCUUCACUACUGUUCUGUAUAUAUCUUUGUUUAUCACAGAUAAACCUGAGUUUUCUGUGCAUCCACAAAAUGCGACACAGAUAGAAGGGUCUAACGUUUCUUUCACUUGUAAUGCAACUGGAAAUCCUGCACCUACAUUCCGAUGGACCAAAAACGGUUCUGUUUUAACGACCGGUUCAAGAAUCAGUUUGUCAUCAGACGACAAACAGCUCACUUUAACGAAUGUGACUAGAGAAGACAGUGGGCAAUAUGUCUGUGAGGCAACUAACAAUGUGAGGACAGUUCCGUCCGAUUCUGCUACACUAAAUGUAAAAUGUAAGAUUACUUUUUAUAAUUAUUACCUAAUUACUGCUAAAAAUACUCUCUAACCUGUUGUGUCCUUUUUAAUAUGCAAUUUUAAUAAAAUGCAUGAUUUUUGUUUUUUUGCAUUUCAUUGUUGUUUAAAAUUCUGGUACCUUAGUGUGGUUACCUAUGUUUUUACAUAUAUAGUCUAGAGAAGAAGCAAACAAAGCAACACGAGGUCUUAUUCAAAGAUGAAUAAUUCCCUAAACCAGAAAGUUUCCCUGUCCAUCAAACCUUAAAAUUGGCCUUUUUUAGCCCAUUUAGCUCCUUUCGUAGAAGGCCAUGACAGAUUCCCCAAAUCUUUCAUUUGCUUUAAUUGAUGAAAUCCUCACCUUUCAUCUACCGAAAGUCUGAAAAAGGGGCCCCUUUCUUUCCCUCCCGCGCGCCGGUUACACAGGUUGCUUAGCGACAAAUAAAUAAUUUUCAUGCUCUGCUAUCAAGUGUUUUAAAAUUUUGUAACUCCUCAGAGUAUGGAUGCUUUUACUCAUCACAGUGAUAUCCUAAGGGCUGAAGUAAUCUGCUCUGUGAGGCAAACUAAAGUCUUUAUAAGACUAUUUAAGAUUCAUUUGGCGUUUGGUAUUUCCCCUUAUUUCUUACUUCAAUCGCAUUGCCUUCUAAUUACAGAUUAGCAUGAGUUCCUUACGAAUCCACGAAAUGAGACAAAGACUGUAGAUUUUGUCCGGGAAAAUAAUGUCUACAAAGUUUGCGCCAUUGACUAAAUUCGUAUAUACAGGCUUUUUAUUUAUUAAAAAGGUAGUUCGGAACAUUCUACUUAGAAAUCUCGUCCUGAGUAGUAGUCUUGUACUUUUUCUCUUUCAGAUGCGCCUGGGUUUACCAAACAUCCUGUCAAUACCGUGAAAAUAGAGGGAGGGACUGCUGUCUUUAACUGCACUGUAGAUGGAAACCCUGAACCCAGCAUUGACUGGACAAAAGAUAACGUUGCUCUUGACAUCGCAGCAGAUUCAGAUCUAAGCGAAACAAACUCAGGAAAAGUUCACUUCUUAGAGAUACAGAAUGUUCAUCGAUCAGAUGAAGGAGAUUACAGAUGUGUGGCAAACAACAGUAUCGGUUCUGCAACUUCGCAGGCGGGCUCGCUCUCAGUGCAUU